GGCGGUUGCUAUGGCGACGGCAGCCGCCAGCUCGGGCAAAAGGAGCAGGAGGAUGUGAGGGUUUCGUCUUUCCCUUACAAAUGAAGGGAACAAUUAAGAUCCUAUGAGGGAACUUUUUUCUUUUAAAGGUGCUGAAAUGGCUGCCCGAGAAAGGACCACACCUGCUGUGGCAAAAGGCUCUGGAUUCUGGCAUGUUCCCAUUGUAACCGAAUAUAGCCAGGAAACACAGAAACUGUUGAAAGUGAUGAUGCAAGAAUCCAAACUUACCAACUUCCAGCAACGUCAUCUCACAAACUGCAUAAAGCGAGGUGACUCCCUUCCUGAUAAAUGCAACCCAACAUCCAGCAAAGAACCAGAGCUUUCCAAGCCUGUCUCACCACCAAAGGCUUUUUUGUCCAUCAGUCCAUAUGGAAGACCUCGUCUCCGGCCUGCUGAGAUGUGCCGGGCAGGCGAUGCAUACAUCCGGGAGAAAUUCAGGCCCCAGGCCACCCGAGACCUGGAGAAGGAGAAGGAAAGACUCCAAAACAUUUUUGCAACAGGAAAGGACAAAGUUGAAAAAAAGCCGAAGAAAGAGCCAGUCAAGGUAGAAGAGAAGGUCCCAGAACCAGACCGGUUUGAAGAAUUGGUUAAUGAAGUUCAAGAUAGAAAGAGGUUUCUGGAAGAAAUGGAGGCCCUGGGACAAGGCAAAUUGUACCGAGGGAUCAUCCUCACUGAAAUAUCACAGAAGGUACGAGAGAUGGAGAUCAUCGACAAACAGAGGAGUGCAGAACUGAAAGAGGCGAUGGCUAAAUCCUUCAAUAUAGGCAACAAACCUGACCCUGAAUGCACAAGUCAAGAAGACCAGUAGUCCUUUCCCACUCCAGAACAUGAUUAUUGCACAAGGGUGCCAGAACUAGGCUUUCCACAAGACAGUUUCAGAAAUGGCUCUUAGCCCUUAAGUGGCAAAUGGAAGUUUCAGUGCCCCCAGGGGCUUUGUUUUUGCAGGAACUCAAAACAUUCUAUUUUCAUAGCUCUUAACAGCAAGAGGCCUUUUCGAGGGUGUGGUUUAAAAGCAGCCAUAGGAUUAAUGCCUGGCUACAGUAAAGGGCAUGAAUGGGCAUUUCUUCUUUAAACAGACCAGCAAGGGGUAGAACUUCCACACACCUAUCUAGUCUCAAUAUGAAGCAUAACAGGAUGCAGUUUUCUAGAAGGUUGUGCUUCUGCUUGUUAAAAUCACAAUAGCCUAUUAUAGGAAGUGUUUGGGUCAAAAGCUUCUGUCUAAGCUCAUAUCCUUUACUUUUCACACAUUUUCCGGUGAAAGUUAAUGCUGCCGUCUCUUACAAUCUUGUGUACAAUUAUACCUGACAAAUAAUGUUGCCUGCUGCUUCAGAGCUAAUAAGAACACUGUGAUGACUUGUUUUUAAUUUUAUGGCUACCUCAGUGAGAUUGGGAGCAUGUAGGAACAUGUCAGGACCAACCUAGAUAUAACAGAGGGCACCCAUGUUUGUUUAGUCACAGGCCUACCCCAUUCAUGACUAAAGCUGGGGUCGAGGAGGGCUGAUAUCUUAUUUGCUUUAACUCACUGUGCUCUGUCACUUGAAACAUUUUCUGGCUGUUUAGCUCAUGGUUGGUAUUGGAACCAGGGCAAAUGCCUGAAGUGACAAGAAUGGAAAGAGGUAAAUUGGGGAGGGAGGAGGCAACCAGCUCCCCUUACCUUUUAUUGUAAAAAGAAAACUUACUCCAGUUUAGUUGUGGGGCAGAAGUGUGAAUACAAAAUACAGCUGCCCCCUCAAGGCUAGUUUACCCCUCAUAUACUCUUCUCAUAUUAUUAUUUUUAAAAACAAGACUGGUAUGAAAUAUAUACCUGAGACGUCUCUAUUUUAUAUGCCCUGGGACUACCUUUAUAUGAGAGGGUCUGUUUUGUUUCUACUGUGAUUCAAAAUGGAGAAAUAAACACCAACACUGUUGCUAAAUACAA